AUGAAGAGAAGAAGACAAUCAGUGUCAACAUGUGUUGACUGCAAUAAAAGUUUCGAGUCACAAGAAACCUCGACACAACAUUUUAAUUCGCGCAAUCAUGUUCAACGGUUGUUGGCGAUAAAAAAUGCACAACUGAUGGACAUGGAAGAAGAAACGGAGAUUUUAGAAGAUGUUGGCACAAGAGUUGAGGCUGUCUAUGGGAUUUCAUCAGACGAGGAAAGUUUUUCAGACGAUGACAUGGGGGAGGUAUUUUUUAACUCCGAGGCGGAACAACUUAUUAGUGAUGAAAAUGCUGACAAAGACUUCUUCCCGUUUCCAAGUGAGACGUUUUUUCUGCUGUAUUGUUACGCGCACAGUAUCAUGAGACCGAAGGUAAGAACAGCAUUCUUCCACAAUACCAAUGGACCAUACUGACUAUACCGAAUUUACUCGUUUAAGCGCCCCUAACGAGCACAAUAUUAAGGAACCAUGCAAACUGUUAUUGUACCACCGGGCCGGAGCAAAUCAAGUUUUAACUUUUAAAAAAUGCAAGCCCUGCUUAAAGUGGCAUGAUAAAAAUCUCAAGCCUCGCUAUGAGCUUUACCAGGGCGUAGUAAAACAGUGUUUUACUACGUUAGUGUUUUACUACGCCCUGGCUUUACUAAAAAAAGUUGCUGCCCCGCUACCGUUAGUAAAAGAAGGUAGAUAUCAGGUAUACUGUACAUAGCAAUGUUUUUAUACAAAAUCAGAAGAGAUCGCUAAAAUAUGAAGGAGGUCUGACUAAAUACCCAGGGGAAAAAUAGGCCACCGGCUUUAGGGUUAGGGGUGGGGGUUAGAGGCCAGGGAGUGGGGGUUAGGGGGUGGGGGUUUGAGGUCAGGGGGUGGGGGUUAGGGUUUGAAUUAACGUUUGGAUUAAUCAUAGACCCAUUACAAUCCAAUACUUUAUUGCAUACAAUGGCAUUACAACGCCAAUAGAUUAUUGGUUACAACGUACGGAACGGCUAACAAAGAGCCGUUUGGUCAUUUUAUUUGGUCAUUUUGGUGGCCGUUUUACUAUAUCCUGUAUCAGAGUCUGUUGUUAAGGGUUACUAAUAAAAGUGGAAUAUGGUAAAAUAAAAGUGUGUGCCCGAUUGUGCCCCACCUGAAACACAUAAAAAUUCUUUGUGCCGGCUUCUGUGCAGCUCAAAAAAAGUAUGUGCCCCGUCCCCUUUUGCUCCGGCCCCGUAUAAACAUAAAUUUUGCAUGGUCCCUAAAAACACCGUUACAGACGAGCAAGUUUUCUUUGGCAAGUUUUUUUGUGACAAAUUUAAUUGGCAUAUAAAUCAUUAUCUCACAGUCAAGAUCAGACUUGGAGUUUCUUUGGAUGAUGAUGGGUCGUUUUGGGGUGAAUCUUCCGACGCUUUCAUCCGUUUUGUCCUUUAAAGUGAAAGGCUUGGAAAACUGCAUCUCAUUAAGAAAGGUAAAUCGCAAUUAAUCCUAAAAUAUCUAAAAAAUUUCUAAUGAAAGCGAAUGUUAACUAAUACGAAUGUUAAAUGUGUUUAAUUUUUUACUUGUGAAAUUGUUUAUCUUUAUGCAGAGUUACGGAAAUGAGCACCCUUUUUAUUGGAUUCCGCCAUCAGACAUCAUCAAAUUACAACUGGCCACACCUUCAGUUUCAAAUAAAUUGGCCAGAUAUCCCGAAAAAACUGAUCGAUUCAUCAAAGAACUGUAUCAAGUACGCUUAAUACAAACAUUUUCUUGCUUGUUGUAGAAAUUUUGUCACUCCUGACGUACAAAAAACCUCCCUGUACGUUUUUAAUUCAAAAAAUAAAAAAAUCGGCAUAGUUAUCAUAUGACGACUUAAAGUUUUCCAUUAGAUUUCACAAAGUAUUCGUACAAAGUAAUGCACUUUAAUGCAUUUCAGGGAAGGAAGUGGUAUAUAGACGAGCAAUUUCAGACAACCUCUGCAAGUGUUUCCGGAAAGACUUUCUAUGUUAAAGAUUUGGUAGAAUAUAAAAUUGAUGAGACAAUACGUCAUGGGAUAAUAGAUGGAUUCUAUAUGAAGGUUUUGAUCUUACUUAUGUGUUUAAUUGGAUAAUUAUACAAAUUAUCAUAUACGCCAAUUGACGAUGUGGUUUAGUAUAAUUACAUAGGUGAUUAUUGAAAAUUCUCCACGCUAUGGAAUUAUACUAAAACAAUUAUUAACCUCAGGCUCGGUGAUUAUUGUGAAUAGAAACCUCGACUUCGUUUCGGUUUCUAUUCACCGAUAAUCAAUUGUUAAUUAAUAGAACGUUGAUGAUACGCUGAAACACUUCUGUCGUUUGACAAAGACAAUUAUGAUGAACAUGGAGUUACGCUCACUGACUCUAACACAGGAAGUGGAGGAGGUCUGUCUUGAAGAUAUACAAAGGGUAUCAGGGUACAGAGUCGAUUGCAAAGAGACGGACGGACGUAUCGUCCAACUUAACAACGAGGUAUGUAUGAUUCCUUCAUGUCACAUAAAAACAUAAUUGAAGAGGGAAUACCUUAAGCAAUUUAUCCUCCUUUGAGCGUUCAGUGCAUUUUCAUUAAAAGGAAAAAGAACAGUUGCAACGUCCUCACCGAACCAAAAUCCUGGCAGACGGAAGACAGACUCUAACACUCCCAUUAGUUAUAUUUUCCGAUGAAACGAGCGGGAACAGAAGCAAGAAAUGGAAUCAAAUCGAAACAUAUUCCAUGUUUCUAGCAAGUCUGCCGCGAAAGGAAAUCACCAAAUUCAGUAACAUACAUUUCAUCUGUGCAUCAAAUUUGGUAGAUUCUAUAACUUUGGGAAAAGAAAUCGCAACAGAUUUAAGGAGUAUGUAUAUACUUCUAAUGUCGGCAGAUGAAAAUUUCAGCAUAUCAGAUAUAACAAUUUAUUAACGUUUAUCUCAUUUCCAGCUCUUGAAGAAGGCAUGGUUACGUAUGACGCAACGAGUGACUGCGAAGUAUUCGUUCAAUGCCCUAUUCUACUGGUAGCUUGCGAUAAUCCAAGGGCAUCCGAAUUUGCGCACCACAUGGGCAGUUCAGCUAACCAUUACUGUCGGAUAUGCGACGUAUGUAAAUGAGUUUUUAAUCGAAGAGAAAAAGUUUGAACCCUUUUAGUACAUUUAAUCAUAUAGAGGGCAAAAUUACUCGACCGUGAUUGGCUGAUUAGGGGGGAAUUUUUUCUUAAAGGGAUACGGCAAUAUAUUUUUUUAUUAUCUCAUUUGGAAGAACUUUUAAAAUUAUAUAUCAAUCUCUUUUACCGAUUUUGCGUAACUUUAUUAUUUCUUGAGAUAUUUGAACAGAAAAAAUCACAAAUCAGCGAGCUUUCCGCCAUCUUGAAUUUUGGCGGAUAUGCAUGUGACAUCAUAAGCAGGGUCACGCAAGAAUUUUAUCCAUAGAGCAACUGGUUAUUAUGAGCCCAAAAUCAUACACUUCAGUAACUAUUUGAAAUAAAAAACUGUCUGACGACUUUUCAAACAAGACUUAACGUUAUUUGGUCAUUUAGAUGUAGUUUUAUAUGGCUAACCCUGCUUUUGACGUCACUAAAAUCACCGAUAAUGAGAUAGAAAUUAAUCCAAGAUGCCGGACAGCAAAUUAUUUUAAGUCAAAAUAUUUCAAGAAAUAAUAAAGUUACGCAAGAUCGGUGAAGGAGAUUAACAUAUAAUUUUAAAAGUUCUUUAAAAUGAAAUAAUAAAAAAAUAUAUUGCCAUAUCCCUUUAAUUCGGGGAAAAUUACUUGCGCCCUUGCGAUUAUUACCUAAAGAUAUUUAUGGUUAUUCAAUAGGCAACAAAAGGAGAAGGAGUAGAAGUUGGCGUUUUGCGUACACCAGAAGACGUCCAGAGAACGAUUGGAAGGAUAGCCGCGGCAGGGUAAGGUUGAGCAUAAACCUACCUUACUAACUUACUUGACAGUGUAUAUAAUAUUCGCGUCCUACUCAUUUUCGUUGAGCUUUACUGAAUUCGCGCACAUUGUUGAGAUGUGUCCGUAUGUCUUUUUUGCUUGUUUAAUUGAACUAUUAACAAUUAAAGUGUUUAUAAGUGUUAAUUUAGUAAUUAGCCGUGUCCGUAUGUCUUUUUUGCUUGUUUAAUUGAACUAUUAACAAUUAAAGUGUUUAUAAUAAGUAUUUUUUAUCUGCAGCGCUGCGCGAAUUAGUACUGCGCGAAUUUUAAUACAUUAGUAAGGUAUAUAGGUUUAGAAAAAACGUUUUGUCCGCUGCGUUAGUAAAAUUUACCAUGAUUAUCUUUUGUACACGUUCCAAGGAAAUAAAUUUGUUUGCAUUCACAUUCACGGGUCUUUUCCAUAGAAGCGAAAGACAGAAAAAGGAGAUAAGGAAGUCGACAGGAACCACAGAACGAGGUGGACAGUUCGAUAUUUUAUCAAGUUAUGACGCAAUAAAGUAAGCAGCUUCUACUCAUUAUGUGUAAUUCCUCCACGUAAAAUUACAAAAUCUUCGAGUGCGUAUAAAAUGAUCUUAUUACUAUUAUUACACUUGUUGACAAGUUGUACGUUUUCACGUGUGUAGUGCUUAUGAAACGAAGUCUUUUCCUCCUCUUUUACUGUUUUGACAAGAAGUACUGCUUGAAUAAUGGAAAAUGGCGUUUACAGUUUAUUCAUAUCCCAUCUCUUUAAAGAAUCACAGUCAACCGUGAUCCUUUGCGCGCUAUGAUGUUUACCUUUCUUUUGUAUUCCGUCAUUUUAUUAGCCACCUGUAGGCUGACAAUUGGCAGUAUUUUGGCUAAUUGGCUAUGACAAGUUUCAUUGAAUUUUAUAAAAUUACAAUAAAGAUAUUACACUUUCUAGUUAUUGCCACUAUCUCAAGUCACACUUGUGACGUCACAACUCGAAAUAUUCAACGCGCGAUAACUUGAGAACGAGAUGAGAUAUACAUAAAUUGUAAACGCCAUUCAACAUCACUCAUGCAGUUCUUGUAGCACAACCAUAAAAAAUGUGGGGAAAAUUUCGUUUCAUAAGCACUUUAAUGACAGGUUCGGAAAACUCAUAAUCACAUUCAUACGUAUGUAGACAAACACCUGUCGAGGUUCUCCAUACUAUCCUUCUUGGUCCUGUCAAGUAUCUUGUCACGAAAACCAUGAAGAACAUAAGCGUUGCUGACAAGAAAAAGGUCCAAGCCAAGAUCGAAGCAUUCGACUUUUCCGCCUUUCAGAGACGUCUACCAGGUAGCUUCGUUAAAAAUUAUGGUUCCUGCGUUGGCCGUGACUUUAAGCUCUGGGCUCAGAUAUCCGUUUUUAUACUCGAUGGGUUGAUCUCAGCCGAGGAACUCGAAGUCUGGCUAUAUCUAAGUGAAGUAAGUACAAAUGAAGGACCAAUUAAUUUUGCGCGCUCAGACUAUAAAGCCAUUAUAAUAAGCCAUAUAAAAUUAUAUAUAGUUUUUCGUUUUAGCUAAAAAAGAAAAUGUUCAGUCAAGAAAAUCAAGAAAUUUUAGGUUGCUUUUAUGUUGUCGAAAGAUUGCGUAGGUGAAUGGAAUGUGUAGGUGAAACAAUGAUCGCGUCCAUUCACCUACGCAUUCUUUCGAUAGCAUAAAAGCAACCUAAAUUUUUGAAAUCAUUUACUGGUCAGGUCUGAUGAUUCCCAUACGGAUGAACUCUACUCAUACUCGUUUUGAACAUGAUAUCUCGCUCGUUCGCUGCGCUCACUCGUGAGAUAUCAUGUUCAACACUCGAAAUAAAUCUGGUAUUUCCGCGCUCCCAUGUAUCAUUCUCUAUAUAUACUGUAUACUAGGCUGCUGUUAAUAUUACCUUUACAUGAUGUGAAUUUGCACUUCUUUACACUUAUGAAGACUUUUGCAUUGGCAUAUGGAUCGCAAGUUGACAUGGAGGACAACGAGAAUGUCACACUACUCAUCCAACAAAUGAUAGAAUGCUUAAGCGAAGUUCACCCAGAGCUCCUGCAAAAACAAAAGUUUCACCUUUUAUUGCACCUGCAAGACGAAAUGUUAGACUUUGGUCCACCAGCUGGUUUUAACACAGAAAGGUAUUCUGUGGCAAGAUGUAAUAUACAUAUAUAAGUAUAUGGUAUAAUCGCAAAUAAUAGAGCGUAAUAUAGUUUUUCGUCUUAUACCUAAAAAAAAACACAACAGUCUGUUUCAUCCAAUCAUCCGUAUGAUUCUAUAACGGUUGAAACGAACCGUUGUGUUUUUUUUAGGUAAGACAAAAACUAUAUAUACAGUAUAUAUAUAUGAUUCAAUAAUUGUAGAAGUUCUCCGGAUUUAAAAUAAUAUAAUAUAAUAUAUACCAUCCUGAAGACAUUCUUUACUAAAUUGUUUUAGAUUUGAAGCGUUUAAUUCUGUGAUAAGAACCCUUAAUGUGUAUUCAAAUCGUCACGGAAGCAGUAAGGAUAUUGGGGAGCGAUUACUCCAACACCAUGUCCUGAAGUUUUUGAUCAAUGGAGGUCGCUGGGGAACGGACAACAGGUUAUUUAUAUAGUUAUCCCACUUUAUUAAAUAGACAACCGUGUAAGAGAGCAGCGUAAGAAUGUCAUGUGCAAUUUAAUAAUUAUAAAACUUUUUUCGUGUUGAUAUAGAGUUAUGUCAACACAAGUGGAAUUAAAUCUCAUACCUAAUCUGUAUUGUUAAAUUUUCCUUAACUAUACUUAGAACAUCUGCUUCACAAGAAAUAAUCCGACUAAGUCAACUGCCAGUGAUUCAGAAGUUUAUGUACCAGGUCGAUGCCAAUUGCAGUCAGUCACACAAACAAAUCUACCAACCUGGAAGCCUUAGGCUGGUUAGUAUAUAUAUCAUACAUUCAUUAAUAUACUGUAUAUUGCCAUUACCAGUGGAUUGCUUGUCAGACAUCAAACAAAUUUUCACAUAAUUUAAGUAUUUAUAAAAUUAUUUUUACUAUGAUCACAGGGAACAUAUAAGAAUCACAGACUACAAAUGAUGCAAACGGAGGACAUCUUACCCAUCAUUGCUCUGCAAGAUGACAUUGAAGCUCAAGAUGUCCAUAUUCCACCCCAGUGUAAACAGUUUAAAGGCUGUAUUGCACAAAACAGAACACUGGUCCAGAAAGGAGAAGCCUUCGCAUAUAUGAACCUCAAUGAUGAGGUACUAUAAUUACAAUGCUAUCACAUUUGUAUUUGAUACUGCCACAGUGGUGGAAAUUCAAUUCUUCUGAGGAAGCCUGGGGGGGCUAAAGCCAUCAACUUGUUUGACAAAUCCCCAGUCCACAAUAAAAAAAUGCUGUUUUAGCCCUUUACAUAUCAAAAUUUUGAACGAUAGGCCUUAUGCAUUAUGAAAUAUUCUUGCUGUGUGUGACCACUACAACCAGAAUGCUUAGCAUGUAUUUGCUAUCUUUUUCUGUUAAAAACUCACUAAGCAUUCUGAUUAUAAUGGCCACGAACAAUAAGAAUACAUCAUAAUGCAUUUAUAAGGUUUAUUAAAAUGUAACUGUAGGGUCAACAGAAUAUUUAACAGCUAAAAAUUUCAACAGCAUACCAUUGCAUUUCAGAUAUGUUUUGGACGAUUUUGCACAUCAGUGCAAUUCUCCCACGAAGAACAGCCAGCAAAUUGGGUUCUGCUAACACCAUACACCCCUCUAAGAGCAGCUGAUGGUGAUGUUCUUCAUGGGAAGUUUCGAUCUCCCAUUCUUGAGGAAACAGAAGGAAAGGCGCUUGUUAGAGCCAACGCUGUGUUGGAGAAGGUCAACAUGGUCCACAACUGCGAUCACAGAUGUGCCUUCACCAUCACUGAUCAUCACUGUGCUGAAGAAAGAGAGAUGGUGACAACAGAAAGGUGUGUCUUUCAGCAUGAUAUGGCUAACAAAACAUAUCUGAUAAACAGAUUUUAUCUUGGUGAGACAUGGAAAUACAUUCCCGACAUGGCUCAGGAUUGA